AGCUUCGGAGUUGUCCUGGGACGUGUCCUUCUUCCAGAUUCUCAGGCGAAGGCGGCGGCCACUUAGCUUUUGACUAAAGGACUCAACGUCCAGUGCUCCAGCAGAGAGACUUAAGGGGACCGCCACCAGAGCCGCCACCAUGCCCAACUUCUCUGGCAACUGGAAGAUCAUCCGAUCGGAAAACUUCGAGGAUUUGCUCAAAGUGCUGGGGGUGAAUGUGAUGCUGAGGAAGAUCGCUGUGGCUGCCGCAUCCAAGCCAGCAGUGGAGAUCAAACAGGAGGGAGACACUUUCUACAUCAAAACCUCUACCACUGUGCGCACCACAGAGAUUAACUUCAAGAUUGGAGAAGAGUUCGAGGAGCAAACCGUGGACGGGAGACCCUGUAAGAGUCUGGUGAAAUGGGAAAGUGAGAACAAAAUGGUCUGCGAGCAGAGACUUUUAAAGGGAGAGGGUCCCAAGACCUCCUGGACUAGAGAACUGACCAACGAUGGAGAGCUGAUCCUGACCAUGACGGCAGAUGACGUUGUGUGUACCAGGGUCUACGUCCGAGACUGAGUGGCUGUGGGUCUGCCAGAUGCCCAUGCCCACCCCCAGCGCAUGCUCCUGCUUCACUGCCCAUGGGCCACCCCCCCCCCAUUCCUUCUAGACUAGUUCUCCCUUCACCUGUGUCACUUCCCCAGGGUGCUGGGGUGCCUCCUGCAGGGCUCUGCUUUUUUUUUUUUUUGGCCUCUCCUCCCUGCCCCUCCCCUAUACCAACAAAGAGUGGUGGAUUGCAAAAGCCCAGAUCACCCAUUCCGGAAUCACUGCCCCCCCAACCCCAAUAGGCAGUCCCAGCUCUGAACUAGCUCAGAACAGUCUCUUUCUGUGAGGGGACCUGAGGGCCUGAGAGGGAAAGACUGGCCCUCUGGCUUCUACUUUGUCCCUGUAGCUUAUACAGUAUAGA